AAUAACCUCAUUGUACCGGAGAGUGGCGCCUAAUCCGAGAGGUUUGUGUGAUCAUAGAUUACACAAUGAGUGCCUCAACUCCGAGUGGUUUUGAUCGCUUUAUGACAAUUUUCUCACCCGAGGGGCGACUUUAUCAAGUAGAAUACACUUUUAAGGCUAUCAGUCUUGAUGGUCACUUAUCCGUGGGUGUGCGCGGUAACGACUGCGCGGUUGUUGCUGCCCAACUGAAGCUUCCAGAUAAAUUAAUCGACCGAAGAUCUAUGACACGCAUAUUUCGUCUUACGGAUUCUACUGGAUGCAUCAUGACUGGUAUGGCACCAGAUUGUCGCGCCCAAGUACAACGAGCCAGAUAUGAGGCUGCAACAUUCAAACACAAGUUUGGUUAUGAGGUCCCAUGUGACGUGCUGUUACACCGAAUCGGUGAAAUCAAUCAAGUAUAUACACAAUCCGCCGAAAUGAGACCACUUGGUUGUGCCAUGUUGGCUAUUUCUUAUGAUGAAGAACUCGGGAAACCCCAACUAUACAAAUCUGAUCCUAGUGGAUUUGUAGCAGGACAUCGAGCAAUCGCUGUUGGUGACAAGCAAACCGAAGCUAUGCGUCAUUUGGAAAAUGAGUUCCGAAAGCAAGAAAACUACACUUUAGAGGAGGCUAUCGAACUAGCCAUUAGUUGUCUUUCACAUACUCAUUCCAUGGAUUUUAAAGCCACAGAAUUGGAAAUUGCAGUCGUGUCAAAAGCAGAUCCCAUCUUCAGGAAAUUAACGGUCGAAGAAAUCGAUGCUCAUCUCGUAAGGAUGUCUGAGAAGGAUUAAUUAUAUGAAAAGUGUCUUUUUUUUAAAAAUCAAAUAUAUUUUUCACUUGAAUGUUUAACGUUGCAACAAAUAUUAGUACACUAU